CUUCCGAUGCGGGCGGUUCUAUUGUUUUCCAGCUCCAGCGUGUUUCCACCCGGAGAGGUUUUAAAGCCGGACAAACAUGGCCGCGCCCGCCGGUGACGGCGUGAAAGAGGAGUGUGAGCAAGUGAUCCAAGAUGAUCCAGGAGCGGCUCGUUUUGGGAAUUUUAUCAAUUACUACACGUUCAAUCCUCCGGAAAACCGCUUGAGCUUAAUACCAGCCAAUCUGCUUGAGGAACUGGGCUACAGCUCCGACAACAGUGCGCCCAUUUUGAUUCUCGACGUGGGAUGCAAUUCCGGGGAUUUGAGUGUGGCGCUGUACAGGCACCUCCUCGGGCAGGACGGGAGUCCUGGGGAGACUCAGCCCAGCAGAGAGCUCCACCUGCUGGGGUGUGAUUUAGACGAGGCCCUGAUCCAGAGGGCUCAGCAGAGCAACCCUUUCCCAGAGACCGUGUCCUUCACCCAGCUGGACGUCACGCAGGAGCAGGCCUGCCGCGCGCAGCUGGGGGGGUACCUGGGGCGCUUCGGCCGCGCGUCUUUUGACCUGGGCCUGUGCCUGGCGGUGACCAUGUGGGUCCACCUGAACCACGGCGACCCGGCCCUGCUGGCGCUGCUGUCCCGGCUCCCCCGCCUCUGCCAGCACCUGCUGCUGGAGGCCCAGCCCUGGAAGUGCUACCGGGCGGCGGCGCGGCGCCUCCGCAGGCUGGGCCGGCGGGACUUCGAGCACUUCAAGGAGCUGGGCGUCCGCGGGGACGUGGCCGGGCAGGCCCGGGAGCACCUGGAGCGGCGCUGCGGCAUGGAGCUGGUGCGCGCUUUCGGCAGCACGGCCUGGGACCGAAGCCUGCUGCUCUUCCGGAGGCGCGGCGCCGGGGGAGACUCGCCCUGAGGCCGGCUCGCGCCUCUGCUGUGAGCGCCACUCGGGCUCCACAGAGGAAGAGCUAGGGUGCCACCGUGUAAGACAAUCCAAUGCAGACCUGUCUUCAAGGAAGUUUCCUUAUUUAACAUAACUGUCCAGCCUCUGUGAAGCGGACUUUCCCCCACCAGUAGUUUAGAGAAAUGAUUCCCCAUCAACACUUUCCAGCAGGGUCUGGGCUACUGUAGAAAACACUGUAUAAACUGGAAUAGUAGUGCAGUCACUCUCCUCUCACCUGUUUGCCAGAGCUGCACCGACAUGGGACUCAUCCAUAUCUGACUCGUUACCAGUAAUUACAACAAUUUUCUCCAAGUCUUCAGCCUUUCUCCUGCUGUUGUUGUAUUGGAGCCUGUUUGGCCAGCAGAGGGAGACAUCCCAGGCGGGGAUGUGAACAGCAGGUGGUGAAAGCUUUCUGUGACCGCAGGUGUAAAUACUAUAUGUACAGGAGUUGGAUUCCCUCAGUUUGGGUUGUGCUAGAAAUGUUUUAUUUUAAUUAUUCAUUCUUUGAUGGCAAGUGUAAGAACUGGGACAGCUUUUGAAACGUUUUGAUGCUGAUUUCAUGCAUUAAAACAAAAUGGCGUAAACUGAA